CGUCUUCGGGUUUUGGGUUCGCUUGUUAGAUUGUUGAAUUCUCAGGUGUAUCGCGUUCGAAAUUUUACCUCCGUAGUUUUAGUGCAUUUUUCGUCGGAAAAUUCGUUCAAAAUUAGCUGAAUUAAUGCGUAAACCGUAGUUGCCAUGAAUUUCCACCUGGUUGUGAUAUUUUUGGUGGCUUUGGGCAAAGCCACCGUCGAAGGUCAGAGGAAGUGCGAUAUACCGAAGGUCCUGCAGGGAACUUGGUUCAGCUGGGAGGUGGGCGAACCGACGACGACCACCAUCGACGAGGUGAGCUACGAGCGACAGGGUCCGAAGCAGGGCCGUCAACGAACCGAAUGUGUUGCCAGCAAUCGCAACGGGUCCGAUCACACCCUGAUCUUCAAGGGCAGCGAGUGCUACACUUGCGUUAAGGCUUUUCCGCGUACGCUGAACGUGUUCGAGAAGUUUGAAACACCUUGCGUGACGUUGGAGCGCAAUGAGAAGCCUACGAUUGACCGGAUCUGUCGAGGGUUGAGACAGGAUCAACAGUUGAUAACGCUGUUCAACAAGAACUUUGUCCCGAUCAGUUGCCGAUCCUCGCUGGAGGGAGUUUGGCAUUUUGCUUAUCAGAAUCGCUUCCGUUUCACCGGAGAAUGCGACAGUCCGGACGCCAAAAUCCAGUCCUGCCAAACGCCAGGUACGCAGUUCUUAAUCCAGAACCAGAAAUUCAACAUCACCUAUCGCCAAUGUCAGGGCAUGGACGGCACCUUCAACGGUGUGGUCGAGUUCAGCUGCCUCGGCGAUUGGUUCAUCGGAAAGAAUCACUAUUUUGCCGUCGUUAAUACGAAGGAAUCCCGAGAGGACGAAAAGUAUCGGUGUUUCUUGAAGAAUCGUGACGAUGAUUUGUACAUUGGUGCCUCGAUUACGGCUGAGUGCAAUACUUUGAAAACAGUUGAGAAGAGUCCGGAACGUUACCGUGUUACGCCGGUCAAGUCGGAAGUAGUGGAACCGGGCUGUAGAUUCCCACAGAAUUUCACCGGAGAAUGGAUUAAUACGGCUAAUAUUGAUGCAGAAGUGGUCAUCAACGAGACGCACAUAAUUGAAACGUACUAUCCGGAUCGUGCCCGUUACAGGCGGACAAUCUACGUUUGUCGGGAACAGCGUGACACUAGAAUCAUGAUGGCUCGCCUAACGGUGGACGGUUGCCAGAAGGAUUACAUUUGUUUCGACUUUGUUCCACGGCAUCACAAUGUGAUCCGGUACCGGAAGGGAACGGCCGUCAUCAAGAACGAUUUCAGCACGGUCUGCUCGUGGGUUCAAUUCCCGAACAAGGAGGAAUGGCGUUACGAUUUGUACUUGGCAGCGAAACCGGUUCCGGUCCGAUGCCCCGUCGCCGGGAAGUUCAACUUCACCCAAAGAGGUGAAUCCCCAUUCAAGACGCGUAUCCUCGGAGGUGUCACGCUGAGUCCCCGUCCGGAUAUUCGCUGCAAGCAGAACAUUUCUGAUUUUUCCGUCUGCGACACGGACCAGAAGGAAAUGGCCAUCGAUGCCGAUUACUGCCUCUCGGUGGAUUACCUCGGUCGUCCGGUCGAUAUCUACAGUGAUCCGGAUUACCGGAUGAAGUGCAUCGGUUUCUGGCAGGAGAAUCUCAAGUCCUAUCUCAUCACCUACGACGACCUGGAUCCGCUAUCGAAGUAUCGUUGCUGGGUCUAUCAACGCGCCGAUCUGAACCGAGUGCUGAUGUCCCAAGCCGUGGGAGCAUUUUGCGAUGUGAGACAAGACGUAACAUCGUGGAACUACACCGAGGGAGCCGUGGUGGCAGUGGACAUGACCGAGUACGAGAGAGAACGGGACCAGUGUCCAAUGCACUUUGACGACGGGGAGAAUCCCUGGCAGGAGACGGAGAACUACAUCAAGGUGUUUCCCUGGUUGAUCUACCGGAGCGCCACCAGUGCGAUGGACGGCACCGUGAAUGCGUUUCUAGUGUCGAUGGCCGCUUUGCUACUGAAGCUGCUCUUCUAGAACUCGGGCAUUUUUUGGGGAAGGAGAAAAUUCUCAGAUAGUAUUUUAGUACGAUUUAUUUGCGUAUUGUUCCAGGUAAGUAAAAAAAAUCUCGUAUUUUCCGUGAAGUAUGAAUAGACUGUAGAGAGUAACGUGUCCGUCCACAAACGAUCAUAGCCAUCGCAAAUAUGAUCGACCAUUCCGUGCCUGUAAUUGAUAAUUUACGAACUCAUUCGAGCUGUUCACGAACCAAUAGUUAGUUUACUUUGAUAAAGUAGAUCGUGACCGUGAGCAUUUGAAAGACAUUUUUAGUCAUAAAAUUUUCGAACAUAGUGCAUCAUUCUAUUGUAAUAUAUGUCCACUCGAUGUUAGAAGGAAAUGAUGAAUAAAUUUUUGUAAGGAAUUUUAA